GAGAUUUUUGCAGUCCUGUGGCACGGCCGCUGCUCGCCAUGCGGGUGCUCCUGGGCUGGAUGGGGCCAUUGCUGGCACUACUGGUGCUGCAGCCAGCGGGGAGCAUGGCCGCAGAGGUGCAGUGCCCGGUGCCGACCAUCCCUCAUGGGCGGCUGAAUCCUGCACAGAAGAACCUCACUGCUGGGAGUGCAGCCAUGCUUGAAUGCGAUGCCGGCUACGUCCCUGCAGGCAGCAACACCGUGAAGUGUCUGAGCAGCGGCAGGUUGCAGCCACGGGCACCAGCGUGCACCCUAGGUCGCUGUCCCUCCCCUCCCGCUGUUGACCACGCCGACCGCAGACUUUCAUAUGAGCUCCUGGUGGGUUCCACCGUCACCUACUUCUGCAGACAUGGGUACAUGUUGAUCCCCGGCGUAUCUCCAACAACAACGUGUCUCACAGACUUCACCUGGUCUGCAGUCCCAGCGCUUUGUCAGAUGGUGCAGUGCCCGAGCCCGGACAUCGUCAACGGGAGGGUGACGAGUGGAAAGCAAGACAAGUACAGCGUCGGGCAGCAGGUGGAGUUCCAGUGCAACCCGGGCUACACGAUGUGGGGCAGCCAGAGGAUUCAGUGCUGGUCGGAUGGGAAUUGGAAACCCCCGGUGCCGUACUGCGAUAAGGUCUGUGUCCCCCCUCCGCUGAUCACCAGUGGGCAGCACACCGGCGUGAGAACAGAGCUCUUUCCCUACGGUAUGGAGGUGAAGUACAGCUGUGCCGAAGGGCUGUCCCUCAUUGGGGAUGAGUCCAUCUACUGCACCUCUGAAGAUGGGGUGAACCUGACAUGGAGCGGCCCUGCCCCAGUGUGCAGGGUGGUUCGCUGCCCCAGGCCCGUGGUUGCCCAGGGAAGGAUGGAUCUGUCACGGCACACAUUCUCCUACGGGACAUCCGUGCACUUCUCCUGCAAUGAGGGCUUUGUGCUGCAUGGCAGUGCUGAGAGCCGCUGCGUGGCUGAUGGCACCUGGCAGCCAGCCCUGCCCGAAUGCCAGCCAGCUCUGUGUCCCAAACCACAAGUUGCCAAUGGGAAGCUGACAAGCACUGAUCAGAUGUGGUACCCAAUAAAUGCAACGGUCACUUUUGAGUGCCACGAGGGAUACCACCACUUCUCAGGUGAUGGAGAAGCUGCAUUAAAAGACUCUUGGACAGCCACGUGCCUGGCUGAUGGCAACUGGACACCAUUGCCCAAGUGUAAGAAGCAAGGUGAUGCUGAUGUGUGCGGAGAGGUUGCUUAUAUUCAGAGCGUCGUCUCCGAUUGCCACGUGCCUACAGAGGACGUGAAAACUCUGCUGGAGAUACGAAAACUCUUCCUGGAGAUUCAAAAACUGAAGGUGGAAUUGCAAGGACUGAGCAAGGAGUUCCUGGAGCACAUUCUGCACUGAGCCGCCUCCCCUGUGGGCACAGUCCAUGUGGUCAGAGUACCUAUAAGAAGCCUCCUAGGAACUGUAUGGUUCGUGCUUCUACACACAGGAGCAGAUCACUUCUGCCAUGCUGCAUGCUAGAGCACAGAGGGGUUUUUUGUUCUAACCCUCAGAUAGGACACGCUUGAUUUGCUGUGUACCGCUUUUUGCUUUAGGAAGCAAAGCAAGAAGUUAAAUGGAGCUUCUCUGAGUCACUGUAUAAAUUGUGCUAAGCCAGAAGUGGGGGUCUGAAGAAGUCUGGGAAAGCAAACUCCUGGCAGAGGUGACUGCCCAGCACCAGGCUACGAGAGUUUGCAUACCUCGCCUAUCUAGAAAUAGCAAUGGAAUGAGUACUGACCUGCAUCACUUCCUAUUAACUUACGUCACGAUCCCAUGGUUUCUAUUCAUCUGAUUAUGGGCAGUGUCAGGGCAGUAACAAAACCAGGCUCUAAAGCCCAUUUGCUUAUCCCCGGAUUUAAGAGGUAACUGGAUUCUGUACUUGAGAGAUGCCAGUGGUGGUCUCAUCUUCCACAUCCCCGUGUCUGCAAGCAAAUGCUAAGAACAGACAGCCCAAGUUUAAGUACAGUGAAUCAGAUAGCAAUGAUUUCUCUUUUUAUUCAAUAAACAAUAAUCUCCUCAUG